CUCCUCAGGCCAGCGAGCCCCGAGCUGCCCACUGCGCGUGCCCAGAACGGGAGAGGGCGGGGUCGCGAGCAACGCUGUCACGGGAAGGGGUCCAAGCUUGGUCUCUGGAAAGCGGGCUGGAUUGAGAUAGGGGACCCAGGAGCCAAACCGCUUCAUGUGUCGCCCUUUACUGCUAGCUUUGGAGGACGGAGGUGCCCAGGCCUAUGAAGUACACCACUCCCGUCUCUGGCAGGGGCUGGGAGUCAUGAUCUGUAGGUUCUAGGCUAGGCCCUUCACUUGCAUGGAUGUAGAGUGACUCAGCCCCCCCCUCCUUUAUUUUUACUUGGGCCUCAGUUUUCCCCAUCCGUUAAAUAGAGGGUUAGAUAUGCGAAGCGCUAUUAUUCCAGAACUGCAAUGGGGUGAGGAGGAGGGAGAGACAGGGGACCUACACGUGACCUCCCCGCGCGGGGCCCCGCCUAUCCCUUGUCCAGGGGAUGGAAGCAUCCCGCGAGGACGGGCGGGGUGGGUGGAUCCUAAGAAACACGACCCAGCCAUCCUUGGCAGCGGCUAAGGCGGAGCGCGCAGCCCGCGGGUUAGUCCUAGAGACGGUACCAGAGGAGGAUGGGGACCGCAACCUCGGCUUCGCAGGGGGCCACCGUGGAGGCCAGGGCAGUACAGAGACUCAGCGUGUGACUUGAGCGUACCUGGGAGGAUGGACGAGGGGACCGGAGGCAGCUAACGCGCCCGGCGCACGUCGCGAGUCCCUAGCUGGCUCCGUCCACAGCACUGCAGCGCGGAGCUGGUCUGGGGCGAUGAGGAGGGUGCCAGCGGCCCGACCCGGGGCCGCAGUGGGGAUUGGCCGUGUUUGGCCGUGCUGAGAGCCUGAGGCCGAGAGGGGCGCAGCGGUCAGGCUGUGCCGGAGCGCACCGCCAUGGCGAGGGAGGAGUGCAAGGCGCUGCUGGACGCGCUCAACAAGGCGACCGCAUGCUACCACCACCUGGUGCUUACUAUCGGAGGCUCGGCGGACUCGCAGAACCUUCGUGAGGAGCUGCAGAAGACGCGCCAGAAGGCGCAGGAGCUGGCGGUGGCCACUGGUGCUCCGCUGACGACCGCGCUGCGAGACAAGGGCAUGGGCACCGAGGAACGCGCCGAGUUCGAGCGCCUCUGGGUAGCCUUCUCGGGCUGCCUGGACCUGCUGGAAGCGGACAUGCGGCGCGCGCUGGCGCUGGGCACCGCGUUCCCUCUGCACGCGCCGCGACGGCCGCUGGUGCGCACGGGUGUGGCGGGCAGUGCGGCAGGCGUCGCGGCACGCGCCCUGAGCGUCCGCAACCUGCGGCACGAGGCAGAGCGCAACUUCGACGCAGACGAUCUGCGCGAGCUGGAGCGGGAGAUCCUUCAGGUGGGCAAGAUGAUCCACGACCUGGAGAUGAAGGUCAACGUGCCCCGCUGGACGGUGCAAGCCCGGCAGGCGGCGGGCGCUGAACUCCUGUUCAGUGCUGGAGCCUCCUCGGCGGGCUUUGUGUCCGUAGAAGAGCGCACAGGGCCCUGCGACCCGAGCAAGGCCCUGGCUGCCACUGUUUUCAGCGCUGUGCUGCUGGCGGCCGUGGCCCUGGCCGUGUGCGUGGCAAAGCUGAGCUGACCGACACCUGAUAGCCUGCCGCUCAGCUCCUUCCUGACCGCCACCUCUCCUUCCCCAGGGACGCCCCUCUCCCGGAAUGACCCUGACCGCUAGGACUCGGGAUGGGAGUGAAAUCUGGCAUGUUUAAGGGGAGCAAUUCUAAAACCCCGUGUGUGUAGGUGUACACGCGUAUUUCAAGCACACAGCUACCAGCAGAACGUGGUUUCCUCCUGCUGGCCAGGGAGGAGUUAAUUUGUGCAGGUUGCCAGGGCAUUACCGCUAAUGUUUGCAGGAGCUUUAUCCUCUAUUAAUAGAAAACGGUCCACAGUGACCCCAGAUUCCUCCGAGUUAAUGGGUUACCGCGUGUGCUGCUGGGGCAUGUUUGCACUGAGUUCGAGCUUGGUGCUACCAUCCCUACUGGAGACUCCCACUCUUCAUGGGGCAGUUUGAUAAAGGCGGUGAUGAAAUGAAGUGUGAAGAGGGGGCUGUUUUGCUGGAAGGGGGUUGUUUCUUCCUGGACAAGAGGCAAAUUGCAACAGGAUAUAAGCAGGGUUUCUAUUGUCAUUAUUAUUAUUAUUAUUAUUAUUAUUACCUUAAUCCUUUGGGGCCUAAGUUUAGGAGAGGAAAAAUAGACGUUCAUGCAAAGUGCUUUCUGGAUGGCUCACGAUUGUGCUUCUUGGCAGAAUCACCAAAAGCAGCUAGAAGGGGUUUGGGGUUGUGCCCUCGCUGCAGGGUCUGACUCUGCUUAGGAAACCAGAGAAGGGCCACAGAACCUUCCUUCAUGAGGUUGGACCCACUGCGCACACUGCCUAUUUAAAAGGGCUCUCCCUCGCCUGCCUGGGAGGGGUGCAAGCUUCGGAACUUUCUCCUUCCCUUUGGCUUAUUUUUGUUCCAGAACUAGACCAGAGUUUUUGAUCCUCCUUUUCAGGGAGGGCUGGGGAAUCCUCUUUGGAGCCCUUAAUCCUGUCUAUCCCUUGGAAUUUGCUUGCAGGCCAGUAGGAGAGCUGGUUUUGGAGGGAGCUACACAGCUCUCUGACCCCAACACUGCCCCCUGAGGGGGUAUAGUAGCAUCACUGGCGCGCAGAGAAUGUAAUAGUUUUAACUUGGAAUUUAAUGUGUUUUAAAAAUAACAAUCAUUUUAAAGAAAAAUCACAUUGUGUACUAUUAAAGCUGUUUUUUUCUAAAGGACAUUUGGCCACGAAUUUAUACGUGCUAAUGAGUCAAACAUAGUUUUUACUUAUAUACUUUGGUUACUAAAUAUAUAUUUGCAUUUAUUUUUAAAAUUGAUCUUGAAGGCAGGAGGUCAUAACAAAAACUACUAGAACCACAAGUGUAGGCGACAGGAGUUAAGCAGCCCUUGCUUCUCUUGGUCAAUAAAUAAGGAAAUGUAGAAAACACCCUGAGUCUGAGGCUGGAAUUUGCCUGAGCUGGGCUGCCACCUCCUACCUGUGUUACCAAGAGAACAUCUGUUGAGAAAAAAAAGAUGCAUUUACUCCAUAAAGGUAAUAAUUUGGCAUAAAAUUCAUAGGCAUUGGUUUGGCUCAAAACUGAGAAGGAUUUUUUUUUUUUCCUUUUUUACCUCCAAAGUGAGAAAAGGGACCAAGAGGAGGGAAUUGGCAGGUUUUCAAAAGGGCAACUUGGGAGGGCCAAUGGCAGAGGCAAAUCGCAGCAGGAGUGCUGUUCGGGCGCCCAGUCCGAACCCAGGACAAUCCCCCAGCCACUCCCACUCCUCACACGCAGGUUCCAGUAACUUAGACUAUGAGAUGUUUGCAUAGCAGUUUUAAAUGACUCAGAGGGUCGUAAGCCGAAUUAAAGUUUUAUGACAAUAACCAAUUAAAGGAAACUUCUGCCUCAUCCAGUCUGCGUGAGUCUGAAUAGUGGCCAACAUAAAAUUAUUUUGCAUCUGACAGCCCAGGGUACUUUCAGAGAUGACACAGUUUUCUAAAUCCUUUCUUCCUCUUCCCAUAUACAACACAACAUGGAAUCUCUGUCACUUUCCCCAAAGUCUCAUGUCAGGCAAGAGGAGGCUGGGGCAUUUUGUGACCCAGUGUUGGAAAAUAUCCCUGAAAACCAAGCCCUAAGUAGAUUUUUCCUUUUCUAAGACUGUGAUUCUUUGUUCUUUUUUUUAAAGAAUAGUUUUAUUUUUUAAAAAAGAAUAGUUUUAUUAAUUUUUUGAAAGAGAGGAAAGGAGAGGGAGAAAGAAACAGUACACUCCCUACUGGGGAUCAAACCAGCAACCUCCUGGUGUGCAGGACAACCCAUUUAGCACACUGGCCAGGGUCUGACUAUGUUCUUAUCAAGAUGUUCUGUUCAUGAAAAACAAAUUGUUCAGCAGAAACUGUUUUUAAAAAAACUUCAGAAGUUGUGUAAUCCAUAGAGAGCAAUUGGUUGUCACUCUUUCCACCCACUUGGCAGAUCCUUGGGUCUUCACUUAUAUGUACGAUCAGAUGUGUACCUGAUUCUGAGAGCCCUCUGCUCACUGGAAUUUGUGAUAAAGUGUUGCAAAAUUAGGCCGAAUUACAAUAAACAUAUUUUUGCUGUAGACUUGUUAGCUUAAACAACACUCUUGAGUUUGAAAAUGUUAAACAUUAGGAAUAUUUGGCAUUAUUUGUAGUUAUAACAUUGCCUAAUAGAACUUUUGCUCGAUAAUUCAAGCAAAAUCACUUGCUGCUUGAGCACUAGGCUACUCUUUCUCUCUGCUCUCAUUUCUAUAUAUAUUUCAAGAAAUUGCUUUCUUGUAGAAGCCUGAUUUAACUUAGAUGUUUGAUAUGUUAAUAAUUCUCUAAAAAACACUUGGUGUGAUUUUUAUACCAGGAUACAAGUGAUAGAAAAGAAAACAAAUUCAACAUGUUUAACAUAGGGUAUAAUGAAGCAGUCAAUGUUAAGGUCUAUGUGAGAGAACACCUAAUUUCCCCAAUUAAAAGUACAAGCUAAAAGGAUAGAGUUUUACUUCCAAAGUAAAGUGCUAUUGUUAAGUAAAAUCUCUUGUGAAGAAGAAACAUCCCUGGCUUAUCCUUUGGGAAAACAGCACUGCUUUUUGUGAUACUGAAAAGAGAAAAACUUGAUAUGUCAAGGCAUUUAUCAUGGAAACUUUAAACUAUUGCUAUUAUUUUUUAAAAAGCACCCAACUAAUAAUGUUUGUGGGAGAAAAAAUGCCUGCUGGCAAAUUCUUUUUUUAUGUGCUCUAAAAACUUAUACUUUUAAAAUGCCAGAAGGGAAAAUAUUUUUGGUGACUAAAAGUAGAGCAUAAACUCUAUGAUUUACCUAAAGUUUACAGUAAGCUACAUAUGAGAUGCGUGAUGUCAAAUGACUAAAAAGUACUCUGGUUGAAGAGAGGAAGAGUUCUGGUUUGCAUGAGGACCCUGACAAUGCUGCAUUUCCCUUUUCAAUGUGCACAGUGAUAUGUUUUUAGUUAUUUGGUUGCUUUUCAGAAUGUAGUUCUCUGUUCUUUAUUGAGUGCUUGUUAAGGGUGUGAGCCCCAGAGUGUGAGUCUGCGUGUCAGUCUGAGAAAUACAGUGAUGAGGACUGGUCUCUAUGUUCUUUGAGGGCAUGCCUCCUCUGGCAAGGCCUGACCAGCUGCAAUUGGCAGGGACUGCCUCUCUUUCCAAGCACCUCAGACAAGUCACUGACCUCCCUGUGCCUCACGUCCCUCAUUUAUGAAAUGUGUGUGUGGGGGGGUCCUCACUAACUCAAAGGUCCCUUCCAGAGCUUAAAACAUUUAAUGGAAUGCAGUUAAACAAGAAAGGGUUUUUUUUGAUUGUUUGGUGUGUUUUGGUGCAUAUUGAAAUAGAAACUUACCGUUUGGUGGUUAUUGUCUAAAAUUAGUCUGUGGGUAAGAUUCCAUAUGAUUUUAAAAAAUCAGAAUCAACUAAGCUUACUGUGAUUUUAGUCCAUAUCAGAACUAGUGGGUGGAUUUAAAAAGCAAAUUUGUGUAUGCUACUUAAAUUAGAUUAGGAAUUUAAAUUCAGACCCUAACUCUAAGUCCAAGAAAGCCCAGUAUUUAUUAAAUAGUUUGUUGUACCCAGCAGUUGGACCACCUAAACUGAUUCUGGGAAAUUACAGAUGCGAAAACUUGUCAUUUGUCAUGGAGACUGGGAGAAUCCUAUUCUGUAAGUAACCUGGUGCCCUCAGAACUAUAACUACAUUGGCUGCCUGAUGUCGGGGAAUGUGAGCACAGCAUGUAUGUGGCAUUGAUAGGAGCAGGGAGGAAAUGGUGGGCACUAACAAUGUUCAUAGAUAUUACAUAUCAUUUCUGUUGUCUUCAUCGAAGAAGGUACACUCUGGCCUGGUAACUGACCCUCUCUGGGAGUUUGGAAUGCUGUCCAUUCUCUGAUUCUGGGAACGGGCUAAGCUGUUUGAUAUCAUAAAAGGAUUAACUACCUUGUUAUCAGACUUCAGGAUUCUGGGAUGGGACACACUGACCACAUACCCCACAGCCCUUAUCCUGCUAUACGUAGUUUUUCUUCCCUAUUCCUAUAUAAUCAGCCAACUGGCAGAAGAUGUUAGUUGUUUUAUUUUUUUAUGUUUUUAUUGAUUUGAGAGAGAGAGGAAGGGAGAGGGAGAGAUAGAAACAUCUAUGAGAGAGAGAGCAACAUCCAUCUACUGCCUCCUGCACGCCCCCUUCUGGGGAUUGAGCCCAUAAGCCCUGGGCAUGUGUCCUGACAGGGAAUUGAUCUGGUGACCUUUUGGUUCAUGGGUUGAUGCUCAACCACUGAGCCACAUCAGCCAGACAGAGUAGUUAUUUAAAGAUGCCACAUCUGCUGCUCCUAUUGCCGACAAUUCGAAUAAACACAGGAUUCAACCUGGUCUCUACUCAUUGACUUAGUGGCGACAGGCAGCAAUGGACCUGUUAUGUCUGGUAUCAGCAUCAGAUCCAAGGUGGAAUAAAAAGCUUUGUGUCUUUUAACUAAAAUGUUUAUUAAUAACUAAAAAUUAAAGAUAGCAUGCAGUAUUUAUAACUUUGUCGGAAAAGGCACCCUCAAAUGAUUUGGCUGUCAACUAUUGUGAUUUAAAAAAAAAAUUCCUAAUCUUCUUCAUGCAUGUUUAAAGUGAAUGUCCUGAUCAACGUAUUUACCCUUCACAGAUUUCAUUACAUAAAGAGGUGUUCAGAAAUACCUCAGGAUUAUAAAUCUCCAAGUGCUGUUCUACAAUAUGAUUAUACUCAUCUUUUAAUGUAGCCUGGAAUCCAGGAAGAAAAGUAGGUCUCCGCAUGAAGGAUCUUUGGCUGUGGUCAACAAAGAUGAAAGUCACAUUUAAAUAUUGUUUCCUUGGCUCUUAGGAACAGACCAAAGGAGCAGGGACUGACCACAUGCUGCAGCCCUGUGUCCAUGAGGAAUAAAUGGAUUCUUCUCUUUCAUUUACUUGUUUUCAUCUCAUUCCACAGAGGAAUCUGAGUGUUUUUAUUGUAGUACUAUGAGAUCCUGGGCAUCCUUGUUCUUAGGUGUGUAAGUUUAGAAUUGUAUAAACUUGAGGCUCAUAUGACAAAUGUAAAUAAGCCAAAUGAGGGCUCCUGUUGGCAAAAUGAUUUUGAAGAGUCCUUUUAAUAUGCUAUUGCCACAAGGCAAAGUUGAGUGUCUCCUGCUUGUAUGUAUGUAUGUAUGUGUUAGGCAUAUAGAGAAGAUCUACAAGGAAAUGCACAAAAAUAAAAAUAUUAAGGUGGUGGGAUUAUGAAUGAUGUUUUUUCAGUAUUUUUAGUGUUGUUAUAUUGUUUUUACAAUAAAAAUUUGAAUGCUCUUA